UUGUUCUCCACACGUCUUCCACUCACUGCUAACUGGCCAGGAGGAGGACAGGCACACAAACGUGCACGCUAACACACGCCUCAGAGACAGGAUUGAAAGCCGCCUUCAGAAGAGCAGUUCCAAACGACGCAAGGAUUUCCCUCCAUCUCCAUACAACCACAACAUACAGUCCAACAUGGAGCUCUUUGAGACCAACCCUUACUUCUUCCCUGACCAGCGCUUCUUUGAAGGAGGAGACAGCUACUUCCCCUCACGCCUGCCUGGGGCAUAUGAUCAAGGUGGCUACCAGGACAGAAACUCCAUGAUGGGUUUGUGUGGGAGUCUGCCUGGCGGUGUUGGCGUCGGAGUGGCAGGUACCGAGGAAAAAGCUUCUCCAUCCAGCCUGUCACCUCAGUCUGAGCCCCACUGCCCGGGUCAGUGCCUACCCUGGGCCUGUAAGCUGUGUAAAAGGAAGACCGUGACCAUGGACCGUCGGAGAGCGGCCACACUGAGGGAGAAGAGACGUCUCAAGAAGGUGAACGAGGCCUUCGAUGCUCUGAAGAGGAGCACCUUGAUGAACCCCAACCAAAGGCUGCCCAAGGUUGAGAUUUUGCGGAGCGCCAUACAGUAUAUAGAAAGACUACAAGCCCUGGUGUCCUCCCUCAACCAGCAGGACACCGAGAUUGGACAACAGGGACUGCUGUACCGACCCAGUCCAACCCAACCCAGAGUGUCAUCCUCGAGCGAGCCCAGUUCGAGCAGCACCUGCUGCAGCAGCCCGGAGUGGAGCAGCACUCCCGAGCAGUGCCCACAGAGCUACAGCAGCGAGGAUCUCCUGAGUGCUGCCGAGUCUCCUGAGCAGGGCAACAUGCGUGCCUUGACCUCCAUAGUGGACAGCAUCUCUGCAGCUGACGGACCUGUGGCCUUUCCCGUAGACAUUCCCAAAUAAACCCUCGGAACAGUGGAACCAUCCAUGUAGGUGCAAAGAAAGCUACAAGCAAAAAGACAAACUGACUGUUUGUAAUGGAGGCUGACAACAAGUCCAUAAGGGUAGCUUAGUUUUUCUUUAAGCAUCUACUGAUUUCAGUGUUUUUGUCUUAUGCCAAAUAUUUGUGGUUGAUUAGAAAUGUAACUCUACUGAUAGGGGUCUGAAUUCCUUCUUCCACAUUGAGGCCUUAUUCCCUUUUUUAUUUGCCUUAUCCAACCCAGACCUCUCUAUCAGAGACUCUUAGUCUAGAUUCAUAGACUUUGKUGCAUGAACCCAUCUAUACUGCAAUGACUCUCUUAAUCUCAAACAGUAGAACCACAGACAAAUGACAAACCCUGGUUCUAACUUAAUUUAAUGUUUCCUUUUAAUCCACCACCCCCCCCCAAAAAAAAAACACUCCCCUCAUCUUUCAUUCUUUCUGUGUGUGAGUUUUUAUGAUUAUAAACAUGAGUUUAUUUGUGGGGCCAAUAUGUACCACGGCAGUUUUGACCAAGAUCUGCUUAAUUUAAACACGUUCUGAGUGCCAGUGUUGUAAAUACGUUCCCUUUUUUUAUUCUACAGAGUGCUUUUGCCAUUUUAUUUUUUAUUCUUUGCUAACUUAUUUUUGUGACUUUUAUAACUCAGAUUGUUGUGUAUUUGGAGAUGAUAUUUUCUCUUUUAUUCUUGCAAAUAAAGACCAUUUURAGUACUC